AUGCCCACCCAACCUCCUCCCGGCUCAGGUGAGGUACGCCAGUCCCCACCCUGGAGAUGGGGCCCUGGUACCGACAGGGCAAGGGUGCCGGGGCCGCAGCCUCCCCAGCCAGGGAUACUCACCGGAGGGGCGGCCCACCGCGUCUUCGCAGCCGGCUGGCGCCCGGCACUCGGGAAGCUCGCAAAAAGGAACCGCGUGCCCGCUAGCGCUGGGACGAGGAGGAGCGCGCCGCGGAGGCCAGAGAAAAAGCCGCAGCGGCGCGCGCGCACCCGGACAGCCGGCGGAGGCGGGGCUCAGCGCGAUCCCGGAAAAGACGCGCCCGGAGGGGCGGGCGGAGCGGGGGCGCGCGGUGGUGUGGCAGAGCCAGCCGAAUCGCUGGCUGCAGACGGCUCGGCCCACCCACGCGCCCGCCCCCGCUCGCCCGGAACGUCAGCCGAAAAGGCGGAGCCGAACGGGCUUCCCGGGGAGAAGGAGGGGCGCUGCGGGGAAGGCGAGGCGGCUAACGGCUCGCCUCAAGUUGUUGCUCCCGCUGGCGAGCCGCUUCUGUCAGGCUCGCUGCUGGUGUCGUUGAGUGUGUUUCCGAAUGUCCUUGCGCCUAAUAGCAGUGAGGCGCAGGACUGGCCCACGCCCUCACCUGCGGCUUGCUUCGCAGGACUCCACCCCAGGAUAAAAGUUCCCCUCGGGUCAUCUUCCAGCUGCCCUCAAAAGACACUCGUUUUUGUAUUUCACUGCUCCAAGUUUAGAGAGCUAUCUUAAACACUCUGACUAAAAACAUCUUGCUCCUGUAAGCCUGA